GCGCCGAGCAGAGCGCCAGUGCCUCGACGCGAGGCGCGCGAAAAUCAAUCGAAAACGCGUACACUACGCACGCAUUUGAGCCAGGCUGCCCCGCACCACGACAACUGCGCGGAGCCGCCGUACACGACGCGCAUUUUGGACAGGCUGCCUCGGAGUCGCCACUGAAAAGCAUACAGAUGCGAGCAGCAAUCGCAAGGGCUGCCCGGCUGCGCGGCGUCGGCGUCGCCGCGGCUGCCACAGUCACCACUGCGAGCUGUGCCGAGCGGCGGGCCUGCCCCGGCUUCGAGGUGCCAUUGGACCGGCGGUACAAGGGUACCGCGGCGGCACGGGAGGCACGAGGACGAGGCUGCUUGACAGAUGCCGAGGUAGUGCAGUGCGCCGAGAUCAUCAAUAACUUCGUGGACCUGCCGUUCUUCACGGAAGAGCAAGAGCAAGAGAUCUUCGAAUUUUCCGUCUGUCGACUGGUGGAGCGGCUGGCGCAAGUCCUGCCCAACGAAGUGAUCAAUAUGAUUCACAGCGACCAGUCGCUGCCGCGGUUGCCCGCGGCCGAGCUGGAGAAGCGGUUGCACGCGUGGCUCGUGGACACGUGGCAGAUGCCGUUGUUGGAUGAAUUGGACCGGAGGCAUGUGGUCCAUUGUCUGCUUGUCUUGGUCCGUGCGUAAAUCAACAUGUCACUGCGCCUUCUCGGACCUCCACGCCAUCGACGCGACGCCUGCUCGAUGGCGUGGCGGUGCCGGUUCAUCACCAAUCGACGGAGCCAGCACGGCGGCAUCGUCGCGCACCGACUCACGGGUUGAUUUGUGCACAGGUCUUGGUGAUGCGGUCCAUGCGGCACUGUUCCCGAGACGUGGGCGAUCUGACGGAACGGGAGACGCACGAGCUUAUUCUAGAUGUCUUCGUGAAGAGCACGUUAGACGUGUUCUCGGACCCGGCGCAGCGCAAGGAACUCGGAGCCCGAAUAGAAGGCUACGCGUCGUCGAUCCCCUUCCUGCCCGCGCCGCUCUUGUCGCACGCGAUCGACAAAUUCUGCGCCCUGGCUACCGAGAAGGUCACUCCGGUACUAAUUCAUACGUACAACGAGCACCUUCUCGCGACCGACAUCUACCGGGAUUAUGCGAGGUUGGCCGCGGAAGGAGUCGCGCCCAACGAGCAGCCGUUCACGGACCGACUGCGGCGGAACCUGCGCGCGGCCUGCGACCCCGCGACGGACGAGAAUCGAGGUUUUCUGGGCAGCGUCGUGGCUCUUCUCCCGCAGGAUCGAAGGGAGUGGUACGUGGGACUCUUCGUCGACGCCUUCUUAGAGGGGCUCAGAACGGACAAACUGGAGGGCAUCCUGCACAACGUGACGCUCGACGACGCGCUUCACCAGGAGUUGAUAGAAAAGCCGUUCCUGCUCACGGCGCGCGCGGCGCGGCGGCACACCGUGGUGCCGGCGCGCCGCGGCCACGUCGUGGGCAAGAGCCACUACCCCGCCGGCUAAGGAGCC